AUGGCAUCUACGGUGGUGUCUACCGUCACAGCCGCGGCCGCGACCUCGGCUCCGGCACCAGCCCCGUCGACAGACAAUCCCAAGCCGAGAUCCCAGACAAAGACUAGGAAGAGGGCGUCCAAAGCUUGCCUAUCCUGCCGCGCCAGAAAAGUCCGCUGCGAUGUGUCGCAACGGGGUCGCCCGUGCAUGAACUGCUACCUGGACAGCGAGACCUGUGUUGUUACCGGACGAGCCUCGAGAUAUCGCCGUCCACGCGAGUCUGGUGAGGAUGUCGAGGCCUCAUAUCCUCCGUAUCCCCCUUCCGUCAAUGCCGACAGUCGUUCCGCUGAGGAUGUCGUCAAGUCGAGGCAGGAUGAGGCCACUGACUACCCGAUGACUGCUGCGAUCGACCAACAAUCGGUACCGUACAACUCCAAUGUAGAAUUGAACUCUGGGAACCACAAUCAUGUGUGUUCGGAUCAUGGCGCAAACGAGAACCUGAGUCUGCCGGCCACAAACUUGAAAGUGCCCGCUCAAACAAGUCAAAUACCAGGUGAGUAUUCUUGGAUCUGGGAGCUAAGCAAAGGAUAUCUAAGCUUUGAACCUUCUCUAUUUCUCCCCGGGACUGACAUUGCCGUUGUAGAUCUCCAAGCUCGGAAUAAUAGUGGUGGCAUAUUCUCCAACGCCAACUUCAGCUCAACAUCCCACUGCUUCACAGACGACUCCCAGGGGGUGACCUCGGACAUUGUCUAUUCAUACUAUCCCUUCAUCUCGGCCAGCAACAUUGCCAACAUCCCACCGCAGGAUGUCAACUUCCUGGAGCUCCAGGGCUGCCUGCGCGUACCGAUCCGGCCUCUCCUCGACGAGUUCCUCCAGCAAUACUUUCUGCACGUCCAUCCCAUGCUUCCCCUGGUCAACGAGGGGGACUUCUGGGACCUUUAUAGUCAGAACCCAAGAAGCACUUCCCCAGACGACCGCCUGUCCCUGCUCCUCCUACAGACCAUCCUCUUCGCCUCGUGCAACUUCGUCUCCAAGACGACCCUCAAAGCGCUCGGGUUCCCCAGCAUCCGCGCAGCCCGGGCCGGCCUCUACCGCCGCGGCAAGCUCCUGUACGACCUCGAGGCCGAGUCCUCGCCGCUGGCGUCGGCGCAGGCGGCCUGCCUCCUCUCCCUCUGGGCGCCCCCCUCGACCAAGAAGCCCAACACGUCGUGGCUCAGCCUCGCCAUCCAGCACGCCAAGAGCGCCGAGGCGCACCACUACGCCUCCAUGCCCGUCUUCUCGGCCGAGACGCACCCCCUCCAGCACCGCAAGCAGAACAUCCUCAAGCGCGUGUGGUGGUGCUGCGUCAUCCGCGACCGCACCCUGGGCCUGCUCAUGCGCCGCCCUAUCCAGAUCACCCGCGAGCACUUCGACUUCGAGACGAGCCCCGUGCUCGGGUUCCCCGACCUCGUGGGCGAGUUCGGCCGAUCCCAGGUGUACGGCCCGGACACGAAGCGGUGCCUCGCCGAGAUCCUCGUCCAGCUCGUCGAGCUGUACGUCGUCCUCACCGACAUCAUCGUCCUCGUCUUCCCGCUCGACGACACACCGGGUUGGGGCAGGGACAUGGCCCCCGAGGACGUCGACCGCAUCCGCGAGUGCAAGAUGGCCCUCCGCCGCUGGUACAAGGACGCGACGCUGCGCUUCCCCAUGUCCGGCCGCGGAGGCCAGCAGCAGCAGCAGGCCGACUCAUCUACUCUUCCGUCGUCGCGCCGCCACGGCUCCGUCAUCCUGUACACCAACCUCAUGUACAUGUACUACCACUCGACCCGCGUCGUCCUCUGCCACCACGAGGUCCUCCACCUGGCCAUCAUCCAGGCCAUGCCACGUAACGAGGGCAGCGGCAGCAGCAACAUCACCCGCGACCUGUCGAUAAUCUACGAGAACCGCCACGAGCUGCAGGACGCCGCCUCGGGCGUCACCGAGUGCCUCAAGGAGCUCGUGCAGCUCAAGCUCGCCCGCUGGCUGCCCAUCUCCGCCGUCGCCUGCACCGCCCUGCCCCUCGUCCUCAACAUCCUCGACGUCAAGCUGUCCAGCCGCCAGCAGCAGCAACAAGGGGCAGGAGGAGCGAACCUCGACCGCAACGCCGCCGCCGCGCUCAAGCAGCACCGCCUCAACAUCCUCAUCGAGGCCAUGAAGACGUACCAGCCGCAGUACGACGGCGUCGACUGGGUGAGCGAGAUCGUCCGGCACAUCGUCAACCUCGCCAAGAUCGACGACGGGUCGGCGGGGGGCGAGGGGCAGCAGCAGCAGGCGAACGGCAUCACCGACUGGACGGACAUUCUCGCCUCGAACCCCAGCUCGUACCUCCGGCUGGCGCUGGCCCUCGACCUGAGCCUGAGCAAGGGGCGGCUGCCCGAGGACGGCGACUUCCCUGUUAGUCUGAGGGGCCUAUUCACGGGCGGGUUCAACCCGCUCAAGGGGCUCGUCGAGGCCAACCGCAACGUGCAGGGCGGUGGGAACACGGGCGUUCACUUCCAGCAACAGCAGCAGCAGCGGACGCUGUCCCAGGAGACGGACUCGAUGUGCUCGCCCACCGACUCGCACAUGACCACCAACUCGGACGACGCGGCCAACGAGGCGCUGCGGGACCAGGUCAGCUCGCGCAUCAGGUCCGAGCACGCCGCGGUCAACACGGACGCACCGCCCUCGGAGGGCAUCAUCUGGGGCCUGGGGAGGGACCUGGGCGAGGUCCUGCCCAUGCACGACGACCACUCGCCGAGCUCCGGCAGCCACGAGGGCUUGUACAUCGACGGUCCCCUGCCGGACAUCUCGGCCGAGUGGCUGGAGAACCUGUGGGAUGAGAUGGGGGACAUGGAGGACAAGACGGACAGGGACACGGCGAGGCUUUUGCUGGAGGCGUUGAAGGAGGGGGAGGCAUAA